UUUCAUGUUACUAUAAAGUCUGUUACAGUGGUUGUUUCAUUUCUGUUUUGUCUUUAAAGGAAAUCUGGAAAGUCCAAAGACAUUGGACAGGUGAAAUAAAAGAUCCACGAUCCAGUGAAAGACAGAGAAAUAACAGAAAACACUCCACCUAACAGAGGAGGAAAAAAAGAGACCAGGGAACACUCUGAACAUGGCCUCAGAGAUCCACAUGCCAGCCCCAGUGUGCCUCAUUGAGAAUAAUGGAGAACAACUGGUGGCUAAUCAGGAAGUUUUGGAGAUCCUGGCAGCCAAUAAGAAUCCUCUUGUUGUGGUGGCUAUUGUGGGCCUCUAUCGCACAGGCAAAUCCUACCUAAUGAACAAGCUGGCUGGAAAGAACAAGGGCUUUUCUCUGGGCGCCACAGUACAGUCUCAUACCAAAGGAAUCUGGAUGUGGUGUGUGCCUCAUCCCAAGAAGCCAAACCACACCCUAGUUCUCCUGGACACUGAGGGCCUGGGAGAUGUAGAGAAGGGUAACAACCAGAAUGACUCCUGGAUCUUUGCCCUAGCAAUACUCCUGAGCAGCACCUUUGUGUACAAUAGCAUGGGAACCAUCAACCAGCAGGCCAUGGACCAACUGCACUAUGUGACAGAGCUGUCAGAUCGAAUCAGGGCGAAAUCCUCCCCUGAUGCCGAUGGGAUUGAAGAUUCGGCUGACUUUGUGAGCUUCUUUCCAGAUUUUGUGUGGACACUGAGGGAUUUUUCCUUAGAUUUGGAAGCAAAUGGACUAGCCAUCACAGCAGAUGAGUACCUGGAGAAUUCACUCAAGCUUAAACAAGGUACCACUCAAAGUGAUCAAAAUUUUAAUCUGCCCCGUCUCUGUAUCCGGAAGUUCUUCCCAAAGAAGAAAUGCUUUAUAUUUGAUCGACCUACUCACCGGAAGAAGCUAGGCCAGCUUGAGACAUUGCAUGAUAAUGAGCUGGAUCCUGAAUUUGUGCAACAAGCUGCAGUCUUCUGUUCCUACAUCUUUAGCAAUUCCAAAAUUAAAACUCUUUCAGGAGGCAUCAAAGUCAAUGGACCUCGUCUAAAGAACCUGGUGCUGACCUAUGUCAAUGCCAUCAGCAGUGGGGAUCUGCCCUGCAUGGAGAAUGCUGUCCUGGCCUUGGCCCAGAUCGAGAAUGCAGCUGCAGUGCAAAAGGCCAUUGCUCACUAUGACCAGGAGAUGAGCCAGAGGGUGCAGCUGCCCACUGAAACCCUCCAAGAGCUGCUGGACCUGCAUAGGGCCUGUGAGAAAGAGGCCAUCGAACUCUUCAUGAGCAGUUCCUUCAGAGAUGUAGACCAUUUAUUUCAAAAGGGCUUAGCGGCCCAACUAGAAAAAAAGCGAGAUGACUUUUGUAAACAGAAUCUGCAAGCAUCAACAGAUCUUUGCUCAGAUUUACUUAAGGAUAUUUUCAGUCCUCUAGAAGAAGCUGUGAAGCAUGGGAUUUAUUCUAAACCAGGAGGGUAUCGUCUCUUCACCCAGAAGAUGCAAGAGCUAAAGAGAAAGUACCUUCAGAAACCUAGGAAGGGGAUACAGGCUGAAGAGGUUCUUCAGGAAUACUUGAAGUCCAAGGAGUCUAUGACUGAUGCCAUUCUACAGACAGACCAGACUCUCACAGAAAAGGAAAAGGAGAUUGAAGUGGAACGUGUGAAAGCCGAAUCUGCACAGUCUGCAACAAAAAUAAUGAAAGAAAUGCAAAUAAAGAAUCAGCAGAUGAUGGAACAGAAAGAAAGGAGCUAUCAGGAACAUGUGAGACAAUUAACUGAGAAGAUGGAGAGGGAUAGAGUCCAGUUGCUGAAAGAACAAGAGAGAACUCUAGCUUUAAAACUUCAGGAACAGGCCCAUCUACUAAAGGAAGGAUUCCAAAAUGAGAGCAAACAACUUCAUAAUGAGAUACAAAAUCUCCAGAAGAACAUGGAAAAGCCAAGGAGAAUAUGCCUCAUAAGCUGAAGACCUAAAGAAUAGAGCUUUUCUGGUCACUCUUACCCAAGGCAUAACUUAAGUAAUUUUUGAAUUUGUAAAAAUAUCAUUACAUUUGAAAGUAAUCAGGUCUUGCAUUUUUAUAACAUUAGACAUUUGCAAAGACAUGCAGUACUAUAA